AUGGCUUCGUCCUCUAGGGCCAACGGUGAGGGGAGUUCUCAGAGAACACUGGGCGAGACGAUGCGCGCGCCAUCGGUGAACCCCCCAGGUAUUGUUGUGUUGGAUAUUUUGCCCGACGACCUGGACCGCAAGGAGGUGCUGGACCCAAGCCAAGACUUGUGGCUUUCUACGAGUGACGGUCGAUACAGUUCCGCGAUAAUCCCUCUCCGCAUCGGCUUGCCGCCACAUCAGGAGAUUUUCCAGGUGCACAAGAGCGUUCUCCUGAAAGCCGAGUGGUUCCGCAAAGCGCUCCUGGGGAACUUUCUCGAAGCGGAGGCACAGUCCCUCGACUUACCGGAAGAAGACCCAGCCAUCUUCCACUUCCUGGUCGCGUAUCUCUACGAAGAGCGAUAUGUACCGACCAAGCCGCUCUCAACAGCUCUAGUCCUGGACCCGGACAAGGGCAAAGGGAAGGACGUGGCCAACGGAACACCCAACUCGGACUCGGAUUCGGACGGUCUCAGCUGGCACAGCGACAGUAGCGCUCAGUCACGACGGCGUCAGGAGCGCCGCAGACGACGCCAGGAGCGGCAACUCGAGCGGCUCCGCCAGAAGCAUCCCGGACAGCAUCGGCCAAACUGUCCCUGUCCACAGUGUGCUAACUCUCAUGGACCCCCGUGCUGGGCAUGCGCGGCUCCACGAUUCCCCCCCGUCCCCCCGCCCAUGUAUCCGCCGGGCGUUGUAGUACAGGGGCGGGACAGGUCGUGGAGAAACCAGCACCACCGGAGGCGGGGCCCAGACGGCAGGCCCAUCCCGCCGCGGCCGGGCUCACCACCAGCCAUGCCGCCAUCCCCGUCGGAGGCGGAAGCCCGCAUCAAGGGCGAGGACAUGCGGACUUGGUUGAUCGCCUACGAGCUGAACAUUGACGUGUACAUCUGCGCAGACAGGUACAUGCUCGAGGGCUUCAAGGAAAAGAUAUUGCGGGUCACCAUCGAUAUGCUCGAGAGCGCAGGCCCGGACGCGGCCCAGGUGGAGGUGCUCAGGCUCUGCCGCAAGAUCUACGACGGCGUGGGCGACAACGACUCCCUGCUGAAGAUGGUGUUUGCGAGGGUUGGGUUCCUUCAGCCGACGCUGUGGAAGAAUUCUCCCGAGGAGACGGGCGAAUUCCUGUUGACGAACCCGGAGGUUGCGACCCUAAUGCUGAAGGAGACUUCGAUUAGGAGGGAGGAAGAUUUCAGCGCUGUCCCUCUUCCCAGCAUGGAGAGGGCAACCUGGACCAUGCCCCCGGGCCGACCUUAUGAUCACCAGAUGUUGCCUCGACCUCUACCGAGGGGCGUCAGGUACUAA